AGCCAUUGUGGCCCAGGCCUUCUGGCCGACUCCAGGCCUCUCCGCAGCCGCCCGACGCGCCCCUUCCCAGGACGCGUCGCCGACCGACCGGCGCGCGGACCGCGGGCGGACGCGCCGAGCCCUCGGCAGCGCGGCAGCGCGCCCGAUGCCGCCGGGCGAGCCGCACCAGCGGGGCGGCGGGAGCGCAGCCCAGGUGGAGGAGGCGCCGCCGGACACCGUCCACGUGCUGCUGCCCGAGGGCAUGGGCCUCCACGAGGUCACCAGCAUGUUCCACCGCUUCGGGGAGGUCUCCUGCCUCGAGAUGGUCCCGGGCGACCAGCUCGUGCUCGCGGUGGUCUUCUUCGACUCCCGGGCCGCGGCCGCGGCGCUCGGCGCGCUGUGCCCCGCGCUGUGCUGGCCCGGCGGGCACCGGGGCCGCCGCAGGGUGCCGAGCGGCUCCCGCGCGGGGGUCGUGGGCGUCGCCGGCGUGAGUGGCGAGCGCGCUGGGGCCGAGGUCGAGGACAACGAGUUCUACGACGUGCGCGACGCGGCGCGGUUUCGCAUGAGAUUCGGCGGUGGGGCCGCCACAGCCGAGGCGGCGGCCGGCCCCUCGCGGGCCGCCUCGUGGCGGCCAGUCCCUGCCUACGUCGUGCCCACACGGGAGGUGGCACAGAUAGCCAGCAACGCGGCGCAGGCCGUCCUCGUGGAGGGCCUCCCCAGUAUGGUCGCGACCGAGCAGUGCUUCCCCGUGGUGCUGCAGCAGGCCGGGCUGGGCGGGCUCUACCGCGCUUUCGAGGUCUGGGGCGGCACGCCUUGCGGCGGCGCGCUGGUGAUGUUCCACUGCCACGCCGCAGAGCUCUGCGUGCGCCACUUCCACGGCUGCCAGUGGGACCCCUGCGGCCAGCCGGUGACGGCCAGGCCGCUGGCCCCCGAGCUGGCCGCGGAGGAGCUGGCCGCGCGGGGCAGGCCGCGCGCCGCAGCGGCGCUGCGCGCCGCUGCCGCCGGCGCUCCUCGGGCGCACCCGUGGGGCCUGCCCGCCAAGGUGGGCGCGCGCGCCCUCGUGGAGGAGAGAGGACCGCCGAGGAGAGCACCGACGUGGGGGCGUCCGACGCCGGAGACGACACCACGGACGGGUGAGCGGGGAGGCGGCCGCGGGGAGGCGGGGCGCGGCGCGGCCAGCGGGCCACCGAUGUCACUGUACAUACACAAGGUGCACCGUGCUCAGGCCAAGCGCGCUGCCCUGGCAUACCCUUUGCCUCCUUCGGCGGUUGCCAACAUCUGUUGUACAUAGGGCGCAGCCUGCUUUGGCCAGGCGUGCUGCCCUGGCCGCGCACGUAAUUUGGGUUUGAGAGGAGCCCGAGACCGACAUUGGCGGGCCGAGUCUCUAAAGGAAUCGGAGACAGUGUAAGGGGCCGCGGCAGUGGCCAACGUCGCCGCGCGGUGAUUUCAACACGCCGAAGCCCGGUUUUAAACGAGCAGCGUGGCUUGGACCGUAUUGUUGCUGGCGAUGUCCAGAAAUUCGACGCUGGCGCGGGUCCUCAUAUUGUUACUCCUCCUCUUAGUUGCACGGUAGUUCUGGCAUCCGCCCAGCCUCUUUGUGUACAGAUUGAUGGCGCCUCUUUUCGCAACCGGCUUGCGGCCGAAGAAAUUUGCGUUCAGCAUUCGUGAGACAGAGUGGAGAGGUCCUCCUCCUCCUCCAAAAAAUUUCUGGUCGGGGCAGGAUUCGGCCCCACGGGGACCGCGACGUCUGUGCGAACGUCAGAGGAAUACGUGGAGCCAGGGCUCGCUUCCGACAAUCUGCUACGGUGC